AUGUCGCGUGAAGUGCACAACCAUAACGUUCACGCGGUGGUCUGGUUCAGCUCCAGAUAUAUUGGAGAGCGGCUCACUUUUUUACCCUCAAAAGGUCUGGUAUGUGUCAACUCCAAGCAAACCAACGGGCUCUGCAAUGACUAUGAGAUAAGAUACUUAUGCCCAAGUACAAGAGGUACAUGGACAAAUUUCUUGGAUAAAGACAACCCGAGCGGGACCGGUGACUAUGAGGACUUUGCAACUCACAAGACAUUAAAUAAACGUAAUCUUUGCAAUGGAGGUCGUCCGAUGUGCGCCCGGUGCCGCGAUAGAUGGAGCUUAUACCACUAUUACGCAACAGGAGACAAGUACAACACCAACUAUGACUGUAGCUGGGAGAAUGGCUUGGUCUGUACUACAGCAGUCAACGGGAAGUACUGCAAGGACUACGAGGUGCAGUUCAAGUGCCCAACCAUUGGUAUGUAG